UGCGUGAAUUUCAUACCAAACCCAUACUUCGCAUUCCACCUUUACUGUCAAACCCGGAGAAAUAUAUGACUGAAAACAAUAGCACCAAGAUAAAUAUAACUUUAUAGAAAUAAACAUCGUCUUUUCCUAUCGGUAGAGGUGUUUCCCAAUAAAGAGAAUUGACGGGGUGGAAGAGAAAGAAGCGAGAAUCGUGUUUGGAGAGAUCGAUCACUGCUUUAUACGUUAAAAGUGUGGGGGCUCGUGGCAGGGCCCGGUAGGAGCCGACACCAUUGCGUCCAACAAGUGGAGUGCAAACGGCAGCCCGGAGCAGGGGCUGGAGGAUGGGAGUGAUGAGCUGGACAAGGCAAUGGACGGAGACGCCGAGGGCGUAUGGAGCCCAGACAUCGAACAGAGCUUUCAGGAGGCGCUGGCAAUCUACCCGCCCUGCGGUCGGCGCAAAAUCAUCCUCUCGGACGAGGGAAAGAUGUAUGGUCGCAAUGAGCUUAUUGCCAGAUACAUCAAGUUGAGGACAGGCAAAACCCGCACAAGAAAACAGGUAUCUAGUCACAUACAGGUGUUAGCACGGAAGAAAGUUCGAGAGUAUCAAGCAGGUAUAAAGGCUAUGAACUUGGAUCAAGCGUCCAAAGACAAGGCUCUCCAGAACAUGGCGGCGCUCUCCUCGGCUCAGAUCGUGUCUCCGCGUCUCAUGAAGACCCCGCCUCUUCCACCUCUGCCGCAGUCCCCUUACCCCCCUACUGCACGGUUCUGGCCGACCCCCAUCCUAGGUCAACCUGGACCCUCUCAGGAGUGGCACAAGUGCAUAAGAGAACAUCUGACAAACAUCAAGCCAUUUGCACAAGCCCCUUACCCAAACCUGUCUGGACCUGUUCAGCCCCCUUUACCAUCGCCCCCUUGUGUUCGUCCUCAUCCAGCAUAUGAGCCUCUGGCGCCUCCUCUCCCCCCGGCUGCCACCGCAGUGCCCGUGUGGCAGGAUCGCACCAUUGCCUCUUCCAAACUGCGUUUGCUGGAGUACUCUGCCUUCAUGGAGGUCCCACAGGAUCAGGAAUCUUACAGCAAGCAUCUGUUUGUUCACAUUGGCCAGACGAACCCAUCCUAUAGCGAUCCUCUCCUGGAGGCCGUGGACAUCAGACAGAUUUACGACAAGUUUCCUGAGAAGAAGGGAGGACUCAAGGAUCUGUAUGAGAAAGGCCCUCAAAAUGCUUUCUUCCUGGUCAAAUUCUGGGCUGAUCUUAAUAAUGGCGGCUUUCAGGAUGGACCGGGCUCUUUCUACGGAGUCAGCAGCCAAUAUAGCAGCUCAGAGAACAUGACCAUCACAGUCUCAACCAAAGUCUGCUCCUUUGGCAAGCAGGUGGUCGAGAAAGUGGAGACCGAGUACGCUCGUGUGGAGGGCGGGAAGUGUUUGUAUCGCAUCCAUCGUUCUCCUAUGUGUGAAUAUAUGAUCAACUUCAUCCACAAACUCAAGCACCUGCCUGAGAAGUACAUGAUGAACAGUGUAUUAGAAAACUUCACCAUCUUACAGGUGGUGACCAACAGGGAAACCCAGGAGACUCUACUGUGUAUAGCGUUUGUAUUUGAAGUGUCGACAAGCGAACACGGGGCACAAUACCACGUCUAUAGGCUCAUUAAGGACUAGCGACUCUACAAGCAGUUCUGUCAACAGACUUCCGUUGCUUUGCACAGUCCCUCCGACAAACAUAUGGAGGAAGAUGCCAAAUUGUCCAAACAUUGGAGGAAUACGCCAAAAUGUUACGAACAACCAAAUGUUUCGCUUCUGUUCUGAUCCUGGUGCGGAGAGUCUUUGAGGACGUAAAAAAUAUAUUGUUUUACUCUGUUAAAAAACGAUUUUUUUGUAUUUGUUUUUAAUUGCCUUAAAUACAAAAUGGGUCACGUUGGUUUUGUUGCGUAUACAAAUUGUAAUAAUGCCUUUUAAACUGUUUAGUCUCCAUUGAGGGAAUGUGAAUGUGUUGAUGGAAAUGAAUGUCUUUGAAUCGUGGAAGACGACGUGUGCUGUCUAUAACCAGAGCAGUACAUACAGAAUCUUACAGUGAUGUACAAGGGUGAAUCUCAUUAAGAAAUGUCCAGGUCAUACUUCAUGUCAAGAUCUCCUAAUGGAAGAUUUAUGUCAACUGUUAUAAAGGACCGAUCCACUGAAAACACACUGCAGUUAAAUUCUUAGUUUAGAAAUAAAACAACCUUUCCUGUCCUUUGAACAACAAAAGAGGAGUCAGAAACCGUUUUGUAGAUACGAAAAGAUUUUGAUAAGUUGACCCAAAUGCGAGUGCCUUUUUUCCUCUCUCAAAGAACAUUAAGUUGAUUGAUACUCUGAAGUGCCUUUUGACUACCUCUUGACUUAAAACGGUAAGGCUAGGUAACACAAUCAAUUCCUGAAACAACAACAUGACAAAGUAUUUAACUCAGCUGUUCAUCGAAGCUUUCUCAAGAUGCAUUAACUAAAAAAAGGUCAAACUUGUUGUCAGUCUAAUACAAAGAAUAGAGUUUCACAGUUGCUGCCCAUCGAUACAAGAUUUUAGAAGUUUAAUAAAUGAAACAAUUCCUUGACAGAGUUUUGCCUUGGAAUGUUUGCAUUUUACCGAUUUUCCCCGUCACUUUCAUGACUUCCCUGCAUUGUGCAUCAUCCUUUCCUAUUCAACAAGUUAAUUUCUCAUAAAUGUACUUGUUGCAACCUUUAGUUUUGUGCCAAACCAACAAUUAUUUUUAAUGUUCCUGAUGUUAAAGUCUAAAAGGGAACGUCAAUAAUUUAAGGCGUUUGUUAUUGUUCGUAUGGUUUGGUUAUUUUUUUUUCUCUCUUUGGAUAUACUUUGGUCAAAAUUCAGACUUCAUGCACCACAUGUUCGGUGUGGUUAUGUAUGCAUUUUGCAUUAACAUCAAAUGCCAUUUAAACACCUUAGAGAGUUUUUUUUUAAUUUAUUUUUUUAUUAGAUCAUUGAUAUCCUUUGAUACUACUAAAAAGGUAAUUAAAAACUUGAAUUUAGUAAAUAUUCUGAUCAAAUUCAAUGUUUGCAACGCCUAUCUCUAAAGAAGCCAUGCAGUGUUUUUUAUUCCACAGUCCCCUAAGAUGUACUAAAGGCAGCACUGUUUGUGUGAAUUGUUUAUGAGAUGGUUCACUAGACAUGAGAUGGUGCUCGCUGAUACAGUUUUAAAGUCCAAACAUCAGUUUAUAGUUUAGUUAAAGUUCUGAAGGUACUGCUAAAUCUUGAGUACACAUUAAAAGCAGAAAUGUUAUGUAUAUUGGUACAGCCUUAACCUACAAUUUUGUUUUAACUUCAAUGACGACAGUUUCCUCAAUUGUAGUUUUUCUUACAGGCUCUUGUUUUUACUUUUUAUAAUUAUUAUUAUAAUUACUAAUUUUAUGUUUGCUCUUUGACUUUCAAUUGAUGAUGUAUGCAUACAUUGAAAAUUGCGUGUUACUUUUGUUAUUUUAUGCCAUAAUCUAUGUGGUGUUGGCAAAAGCUUUCCCCCGUUUUUUAACAGUUCAUUGUGGCCUUGGAUACCGAUUGUGCAUUGCAGUUAUGUAUUGAAUAUCUUCGAUGUUAGGGGUUUGUACAAUAUAAUCAAAACAAUGUAUAGCAAUACCAAUAAAAUGACAUGGGUCUCCUUGGACCAUAUUUCUUAAAACACAUUUACAACUUUGUAAAAGUGUCUUUUUUUUUCUUUUUUUUUUUUUUAAUUUUUAUUUUAUAAAGUGUGCAUGUUUGGGGUGUCUUCAGGAAAUCUAAAUAAAAAUGUGUUCAUACACUGCGUGCACAAUUAUU